AUGACCAGUGGCGCUCUAUCCUUUGGGGGUCUCGUGGGAAUGGCCCUGUCCAAAUAUCACGGAUACGAACCUCGAUUCUUCCAGGCGUAUGUAUCGCUGUUUGUGGUGGGGUUGGGGUCCAUUAUGUUCCACACCACACUGAUGUAUAAGUACCAGAUGGCCGACGAACUACCUAUGUCCUGGGGUUCCUUGGUCUGGUUCUACACCAUUGGCAACCACUAUGACAAACCUGGAGAGCAGCAAUAUAACUGGAAACCGAUCCUACUGUUUGGCAUCGCAAAUUCGCUAUUCUUCAUCUUUGUCACUCAAGAAUAUCCCGCGAUUUUCCAGGUGCGUGCUAAAUGGACUUUUAUCGAGAGUACAUUCGACGUUGAGACCUAUAUUGAGCUCAGAUCUGGUUCAUACUAG